AUGCAGCAACAGGGUGGCUCUUCGCCUCAAAUCACCUCUCCAUCAUUAUCGCUGCCCUCCAUCUCCCUGUCCACUGCCACGGCUGGAGAGCCCAACAGCGAUGAGCUGCCCACUACCUUGUUCCAACCUCCAUCGGCUGCCGAGAACGAGAAGCAGAGGCGAUUUGACGCGCAGUUCGGCCCCUUGAUCGACCCUAGCCACAGAUAUGUCAGCAAGCAUACCGGAGAGCCUCUUGAAGCCCCAAUCGAGGACGAACCGCCCUACUUCUUUGUCUUCACAACCUACAUCAGCUACCUGCUCCUCAUCGCCCUGGGUCACACCAGGGAUUUCUUUGGAAAGAGGUUCGGCAACCAGAAGCAUUACCGCAGCUUGAAAGCACAGAAUGGCUACGCUCCCCUGAACGAAGAUUUUGAUAACUUCUACGUCCGAAGACUGAAGCUGAGAAUUGACGAUUGCUUUGCCCGACCGACUACUGGCGUUCCCGGUCGAUACAUCACCCUCAUCGAUCGCAAGUCUGAUGAUUUCAACCGAACCUAUCAGUUUACUGGAACCUACACCGAAACCCUGAAUAUGAGCUCCUACAACUACCUCGGCUUUGCGCAGUCCGAGGGCCCAUGCGCAGAUGCUGUCGAGGAGUGUGUGCGCAAGUAUGGACUCAGCUCUUGUGGUCCACGAGGUGAUGCUGGUACUCUUGACCUGACGUUGGAGGUCGAGCGCGAGAUUGCCGAGUUCGUUGGCAAGCCUGCUGCCAUGGUUUUCUCUAUGGGUUUCGUCACCAAUGCCAGUUCCUUCCCCGCUUUCGUCUCCAAGGGCUGUCUCAUCAUCUCCGAUGAGCUCAACCAUGCGUCCAUCCGAAUUGGCGCUCGUCUGUCUGGCGCCGUCAUCCAGUCGUUCAAGCACAAUGACAUGGCCGACUUGGAGAAGAAGCUGAGGGAAGCUAUCUCCCAGGGUCAACCGCGCACUCACCGUCCUUGGAAGAAGAUUCUUGUUGCUGUCGAAGGUCUCUACUCCAUGGAAGGAACCAUGUGUGAUCUCCCACGCAUAGUCGAAUUGAAGAAGAGAUACAAGUUCUACCUCUAUGUCGACGAGGCUCACUCCAUUGGCGCCCUGGGCCCAAGAGGACGCGGUGUUUGCGACUACUUUGGCAUUGAUACUUCCGAGAUCGACAUCCUUAUGGGUACUUUGACAAAGUCCUUUGGUGCUAAUGGAGGAUACGUCGCCGCGGACAAGCACGUCAUUGACAAGCUUAGAAGCAUCAACGCUGCCGCACUCUAUGCCGAAUCUCCUGCCCCAUCCGUCUUGAUGCAAAUCUUGUCCUCACUCAAGAUCAUUGCUGGCGAGCUCGUUCCUGGCCAGGGUGAGGAGCGUCUGCAGAGAAUUGCUUUCAACUCUCGAUACCUCCGUUUGGGCUUGAAGCGCCUCGGCUACAUUGUCUACGGCCAUGACGACUCUCCGAUUAUUCCCAUCAUGCUGUACAACCCCGGUAGGAUCCCCGCCUUCAGCCACGAAAUGCUCAGACGCGGUAUCUCUGUCGUGGUGGUCGGCUACCCUGCCACUCCACUGAUCACAUCUCGCGCUCGUUUCUGCAUCUCGUCGGCACACAACAAGGACGACCUUGACCGUCUCCUGCGGGCGUGUGAGGAGGUCGGUGAUAGAAUGCAGAUCAGAUUCUCGACUGGCGUUGCGGGCGGCCUCGAUCCCCUACCCGAGGGCGUCACACCCGAGAUGGAGCAAGAGUGGCGCAAGGCCAACGGCCUGGAGGGUGUCAUCAAGCCGCCCCGCUGGAAGGUCGAGGAUGUCAUUGCCCGCGGUGCACAGGACGUCCAGCUACCUCUGAGGUAA